UCGCCGUUAAUAAAGCUCAGUGGGUACUUGCUUGGCAACCCAGUAACAGAUAAAUGUGGCGAUGUCAAUGCAAAAGUAGAAUAUGCUCGUGGCAUGGCACUUAUAUCUGAUGAACUCUAUCAAACAGUCAGAAGAAGCUGUGACGGUGAGUACGUGGUUAGAUCCAGAAAAUGUAGAAUGUUUGAAAGAUCUUGAAGCUGUGACGAGGUGCAUCGAAAAACUCAAUCCCCCCAACAUUUUGGAACCCCAUUGUCCUUUAAUUUCCCGAAAAUCAGAUGGAAUAAGAUGGAAUAUUCAAGCAUUUCUUGAACAAAAUCCUAUGUUGAUUCAUAUGCCUCAUUCAUGGUCUCAACCUCCUGCCUUAUGGUGCCGGGUUUAUACUUACGUUCUCUCUCACCUUUGGUGUAACGAUGAAAAUGUACAAAAUGCUCUUCACAUCCGGAAGGGAACAAUAAAGAACUGGGUAAGAUGUAAUGAGAGCAUGUCCUACACAUAUGAUGUUACCAGUACCGUUGAUUAUCAUCAAAAUUUCACCAAGAUCGCAGGUUAUCGAUCGUUGAUUUAUAGUGGAGACCACGACCUGCUUGUUCCGUUUUUGGGCACCCUAGAAUGGAUAAGAUCCCUCAACAUGACUCUCAAUGAUGUUUGGGAGCCAUGGCUCGUGGAUGGUCAAGUUGCCGGGUACACAAUGGACUUCGAGAAGAAUCAAUAUAGUAUGACUUAUGCUACGGUCGAGGCACGAAAAAGACCUCUAAUUAUUUUUCUUCUUUGUUUUUUUUGUUUUUUGGUUAUUGAGGAAGAAUAAAAGUUAAGGCCUUG